AUUGUGCUUAAUUCGCGAGCAGGUGGAGCCUGGGGAUUUGAAGAGCGUGCAGAGGUGUUCCCAUUCAAGAACAACACUCUCUUCGAUCUUAUGUUUCUGAAUACACCUGAUUCUAUCCAGGUAUUCUACGAUGGGGAACGUAUUUACACAUUCAAGCAUCGAACGCGCAACCCAAAGAUGGAUUACCAUUCACUCGUUGUAUCUGGCGAUCUCGAGGUAGAAUCGAUCGAAUUUGACGUUUGA